UGUGAUGUAAUGGUGUUGAGGGGCCGUGGUGACGCUUUUGUAAAUGCCAGGUUGGGGCGAGCUAAGUUUGGCUGGGUCUACCCUCCUCGACAUCCCUGGCUCACCGUGCCGCGGUCCGACUAACACAACAUGUUGUGGCCGCUUUUGUGUUUUCUCAGCAUUUCCUUGUCCCCCCCAUGACACAGAAUCUAAAUUUAGCUCGCCCUCAUGAAACUAAUGCAGCUCUAAGUAUAUCCUUGCAAUGGGUUCAUUGUAUAUCCUUGCAAACUUCCCCUUGCAGUUCGGCGAUCCUGUAAAACGCUUAUUUAUGUAUAAAAAUAUAUACAUACACACACGCUCCAAGUUCGUCUUUCUUCCAGUGGAGUCUGACAGGAAUGAGGUCAGACACACUGAUCCUCCUUGCACAUUAUUAUUAUUAUUAUUAUUAUUAUUACCCGUUUUCUUUUCUUUUUUCUCUUUUUUUUAUUCAGCCAAUGAGAGGCCAGGGGUGGGAGUGGCCCGACAGAAAAAGCCAGGAUGGAGACAGACGCCGAUUGGCCUGCGCGUCUCGCGAUGAGGCUAUAUAACGGCGAGGUUCUCGUUGUUGUGUUUACAGUACUAUUACAGAGCGCCAAGGAAACAGGGAGACUAUGAGAAAACGCAGCUGCUCCAUUCAACCACAUGGUUCCUCAACCGCACAGACAAGCUGCGCUGCAGACAGCCAGGUUCACUUGAGGGACUCGACGCACUGCUGCUGCUCUCUCCAGCGGCGCGCUCUCAGCCUCGCGGCGCGCGUUUUCAGCCGCACGGGCAGUUGAAAGUUACUGUUAGAAAGAAACGAAAAACAAGAUUCGGGAUUUAUUUCUUAUUCCUGUUGUCUCUGUGAAAGCGCAGAGGUAAUAGCUGGGAGACGCGGUGUCUCCGAACGCGGGCUGAACUGAGAAAAAAAGAGAGACAGAGGAGAGACUUUGGCGAACUUUUCCUUCAGACCUGUAUCCAUCAGGCACCUGGUUCUCGCGCGUCUCAAGUCCGAAGGAAUAUAUCUAAUUCUUUUUUAUUGUUUUUUGCGCACUCGAACUUUGUGAAGUCCCAGCGCCGAGUGUUUCCGAACACCUGGAGGAAAGGAUGGUGCAGCACAUGAGCCAGACGGAGAGCGCCCACGCGCACUCCCCCGGCGGGGACUCCACGGACACGGGAGACAUGGACCUGGAGAUGGACGCGUCGCCGACCCCCGAGUCCCCGUCUUCCGGGGCGCGGAGCGACUUGGCGUGGUGCAAAACCCCGACGGGGCACAUCAAGAGACCCAUGAACGCGUUCAUGGUCUGGUCGCAGAUCGAGAGGAGGAAGAUCAUGGAGCAGUCGCCGGACAUGCACAACGCUGAGAUCUCCAAGAGGCUGGGGAAGCGCUGGAAGCUGCUGAAGGACACAGACAAGAUCCCGUUCAUCCGCGAGGCGGAGCGACUCAGACUCAAGCACAUGGCCGACUACCCAGACUACAAGUACCGGCCCAGGAAGAAGGUCAAGUCGGUCAGCGGAGCGAGUAACAAGGCGGACCGCGCGGAGAAGAGCGGGGAGCGCAGCGCCAAAGCCGGCGUGAAACGGAGCCCCGCGUCCAAAGGAGCGAGCAGGACGCACAAACAGGCGAGCCUGAAGAGCGCCCCGGGGCAGGACUACGCGUCUCCCGGUGACCACCAGGCGCUCUUCAAAUCCAGGUCAGUGUCUGGGGCAAGGCAGAUCCCAGAGAAGCGCACAGGGGAGGCGAGGCGCGGCCACAUGUUCGGCGGCGCAGGCAGUCUGGAGAGCGGCCCCCCCUCCGUGGGAGUACCGGCCAGUCCCACCCUGAGCAGCUCGGCGGAGUCCAGCGACCCGCUCAGCCUGUACGAGGAGCAGAGCCCGGCGGCCAGCGAGUCAUCGCACACCGCGCGCCUCCGGUACGCUCGCGCCUCCUCCCCGACCCCGUCCGCCUCUCACUCUUCCUCAUCCGUGUCAUCGUCCUCCGACGAAGAGUUCGAAGACGAGCGGCUCGACCCGAACCCGAGCCCCGGCUUUGAGAGCAUGUCCCUGGGUGGCAUGGGCUUCUCCGACGCAGAGCUGGACCGGGACCUGGACUGGAGCUUCGGGGAGUGCGGGGCGGGAUCUCACUUCGACUUCCCCGACUACUGCACGCCGGAGGUCAGCGAGAUGAUCUCGGGAGACUGGCUGGAGUCCACCAUCUCCAACCUGGUGUUCACCUACUGAAUCGGACCGCGGCGGAGAGGAACCGCGACGUCCCCCCACGUUAUGAACUGCUCAGACAGGCGUGUGAGUUCAGACCAGAAUAUUUCCGCCAUUCUUUCGCUAAACAAGGGGGAGUGAAGACAGGAAAGAAAAGGUGGCCUGUGUGCGCGUUGAAGCCCGGGAGCGCGCCGCUCAGACUUGGACAGCGCGCGGUGCGCAUGACGGGGACGCGCAAACGAGGGGUGGGGGGGAGAGAGACAAAUGCUUAGUUUGCAUUUGGACACGGAGGAGGAGUGAAUGUAAGCAGCGAGCAGUGAAACACUCGGACUUCAGCUCACAUGUCCAACCCGGUCCGCCACGGAGGAGGACUAAGACUGAACUUUGAAACUUUAAUGUUAUUCUGGGGUCGACAAAAGGGACAUUCAACCUGAGAGCUCGUCGUGUGUAAGAUAUAGCCAAUUCACAUUGACCAUCAAGUUGCUAUUCAGGUGCAGUCUUGUAGUUUUUCCCCCCCAGACACGAAAUAGAUUCAAUAUCAACAGGCAUGCCCUCCCGAGAUGAGGAGGAUUUUGUUGUGGUUAACUGCGUAACAAAACAAAAAAAAAGUUCAUUGCUGCGUAAUUACGCAAUUUGUGUGACCAUAGGACACAGUUCACUAUCACCAGCUUCUCUUUCAACGGCAGGACUUCAAAACAAAAACAAAGACUGACUCCAAACUUCAGAAAAAAAAAACUUUUCUUCUGAACCUUUUUUUAAAACACUCAGUGCACAAUUCAGGACCAAUGUUCCCCCCGACGCGCAAUCCUUUCUGCCUAGUGCUUCAACUUUGUAGUUCCUCUGUGUCGAGACGACGUUUUUCUUUUGUAUCGAUGUAUUUAUACCGGCCAAACUUUUUUAUACAUAGAAGUAUUGUUCUUGUACAGGUCUCAUUUGUGUUCGUGCACAUAGACCUGACUGUAUCCCGCGCGGAAGGGCUAGAAGUGUGUCUUAUUUAAAAAAAAAACAAAACAAAAAAACGUCUUCUCUCACUUUUAAGGAAAUGUGAGUGUGUCAUGAUUUUCUACUUGUAUUUUUGUACAAAAUCUAUAGAAAGGGGGGUUUCUCCGGCGAGUGGGUAGCCUACAACAUUGUUGUUUUGGGUCUACAUUGCUGUUUAGACGUGCAGAGGGAGGGGGGGGGGGGGGCUUGUUUGGCACAAUCUGACCUCACACAGUGUUUACAGUAUUUACCCACAUGCUUCUUAAUGGCACAGUGACUCUAGUUUCACCAGCCAAGUAAACAAAGCACCACUGAAACUCCAGUCUGAGUGGUGACUCUGUUUCCAGUACACAUAGACCCACAGUAUACAGAGUGGACGAUCCCAGAGAGUCACUGUUUUGGAUAGAGCUAAUACCUCUGUGUGCUUUUUUGAAUUAUUAUUAUUAUUAUUAUCAUUAUCAAGAUAAGUUUUAUUUGAACCACUGGAUGGAAUCUCACACUCAUUCCACUUUGCCUAGACUUUGGAGGGAGGGAGACGUAUGAAGUGCUUCAUCUGUUAUUGCGCAAAUUGCAUCAACAACAACAACAACAACAAAAAAGUAUUUAACCUUUCUGUACCUGUUGGCUAAGUAUAGCAGGCUAAUUGUUUUCCUAUAUUAUGGCAUGGCAAAUAGCAUUUGUAUUUCAGAUUCAGGUAUAUGUAGCUAUAGCUGUUGUGUUUAAGAUUUUUUAAAAGAAUAAUAACAUGAAGAUAUUUAUGUAAACUGACUGUACUAUAAGCAAAGAUUGUGUGUUUUAUGUAUGAUGAUGAUCAACGACAGGCACUAGGACAGCCAUCUUUGGGACAUCCUUAUGUUGAAGAUGAUUGUGGUCCAGGAGUUUAUUUUUGUUUUGUUUUGUUUAUUUUAUUUUUUACCUUCAAGACAUCUUUUGUAUUGUCCCUUUUUUUUUCUUCAUUUGUGCAAUAUGCUGUGUAUGAUCAUGUUUUGUCCAAUCAUGCCAAUAUCAUUUGAUGUUUAUUGCUCAAAACCAGCCAAUGUUUGGGUCAAUCACUGCCUCUCAGACCUCUGUACAGAUUGUCGUUUUGGUUUUUUUUUAAACUUGUUUUUCUUUUCUUCCGAGAAGGAAAUAAAAUCAGCUGGAACUGAAAAAAGUA